AUGGCUCAUGGCUCACGCCUGAUCAUGAGCACCGCUGUGUACGAGCAAAAGCGACUCGCAUGCUAUCCAUGCCGAGACAAAAAGCUCCGAUGUACGACAAUUCAAGGCGAUGUAUGCGAUCGCUGCAAGCUGCGAUCGCUCAGCUGUCGUAGACCGCUUACAAAACGUCGCUCCGAAGGCACUGAGCCAGUCGCUGCCGCCCGGCACAGCUCGAACGAGCCCUUCCCGAGCCGACAGUCACCUUCGAAUUCGACGCGGGUUGCUGGACACAAGAGGCUUCGCUCGACCGGCAAUGGGCGCUCGGCAAUCGACUCGUCAAACGAAACUUCAUCCACCAAAGUGUCCGAGCUAAUCCCAACAGCAAGCACGUCUCGUACUGUUGAUUUCAGCGGAUCUUUCGACAGUCGCCCACCUUAUCAAAGGUCCCACGACGUGUCGCUACCCCUCGAAAGCGCUGAGCGCCUCUUCUGGAGUAUUCUGGAUCGUCAGAGAAUGUCCAAAGGAUCCUUCCAUUUUGCGAACCACCUUGACAGCAGCACCGCCCUCGAUCCAAUUCGGUGUCACAUACUGACCACGCGCGAGGCACUUCACCUGGUCGAUCGCUUCAUGGCAACGUUCGGAAAGACUCUCGCCUAUUUCGAUCCACGCCUCUGCACCUUCGACUUCCUUCAGUCAAGAUCUCAGUCUCUUUUGUCCAUCAUCUGUCUCACCAUGGCUCGUGUAGAGCCCUGCUUUGGGCAAAUCGCGUCUCGGCUGGAACAGCACGUUCACGGAACCGUCUAUCCGGCUAUUUUGUCCGGUGGUUUCCGCUCCGUCGAGGUCGUACAGGCGCUGCUUAUGUUGGCAGCGUUCGAGCCUCCCACUGAGGACGUUCGCGAAGACAAAUCCUGGUCUCUCCUCUCUCACGCUGCUCGAGUAGCCAGCGAAAUCAAUCUUCAAGCCUGCAUGAUCGAGAAAACAGACACUGAUCAUGCCAGUGAGGCUGAUCAGCUACAGCAACGUCAUGCUCAGCGGACGUGGAUCAACCUUUGGCUUCACGAAUUCUCCUUGGCCCAGCACACUGGACGUCAGAGUAUUCUUGCCGAGCAGGAUCUCUUCUCCUCUUGUCGCGACUGGCAUCACCAUCCUCUGGCCCACUACACUGACAUCGCUCUUGUGUCCAUGGUCGAGCUGCGGACGAUCAUCAAGAAGAAUCGCAGUCUGUUCCGCCUGCUGUCGCCUGGCAACGAGAUGAUCUUCGCCGAGCAGUGCAAGACUCAAAUCGAAGCCUGGUCGAGAUCAUGGUUCAAUGAACGGUCCUCUAUCGACUCGAUCCCUCGCCUAGAGCUCUCUCAGCUCUACGUCAACCAUGCUUUCGUUCAACUGCUAGGACUAGCUUUGCAUCAUCAGCCCCAAUCCGAGUGGCCAUCAAGCAUUGUACUGGACCUCUAUGAGGCGUGCGGUACCUACCUUGACGUGUUUCCGCAGCGCUUGCCUUCCCACAGAUUGCUGUAUUGCUACAAUUCCAUGUGGGUGGCUGCCUCUUACCAAGUGAUCGUGGCGGUUAGGCUCGCCCAACUAGGUUCUAGCUUCGCCUUCAUCGAUGGCGACAUGCUCCUGCAAAAGUGUCAGCGAGUCCACGCGUGCAUCGCAUCAGCCGCUAAAGUGUCAGCGCCAGGCACGGCGGCACAUUGCUACGAGCGCUUUCUGGACGGUGUCUUGCGCACGUCAUCUUCUGUAUCGACCGGCGAUGCGAUGGAGCGGACUUCAUCCACUGAAGCCUCAUCGUCUGAUUCCAUCGCAGAAACGCUUGUGCAGGUCUCGCAGGGCCUACACACAAUCGCCGACCCGUCGGUGCCGUCGUCCGAGCAUUUGACCGAGCCGACGUUUGGAUCUUUGCUAGGGUUUGAUGACCUGGAGUUCUUCGCCUGGGCAGGCGCUUCGCUGGCUCAAAACGAUGAUUUCAAUGCAUAG